CAAUUAGAAGCGUCAACAAGCCAGUGAACAUUAAGCGGAGCGGACCAAAAUCCCAAACAAGGAAAUGACGCAUUCAUGGGUUAGAAUGGAUUACGACUUCAAAACAAAGCUGGCCGCCGAGAGGGAGAGAGUGGAAGAUCUCUUCGAAUAUGAAGGUUGCAAAGUGGGUCGAGGCACUUACGGCCACGUUUAUAAAGCCAAGCGCAAAGACGGGAAAGACGAGAAGGACUAUGCACUGAAACAGAUAGAAGGCACUGGAAUAUCAAUGUCCGCUUGCAGGGAAAUCGCACUGCUGCGAGAACUGAAACAUCCAAAUGUGAUCGCCCUGCAGAAAGUCUUUCUGUCCCACAGUGACAGAAAAGUUUGGCUCCUGUUUGAUUAUGCUGAACACGACCUUUGGCAUAUCAUCAAGUUCCAUCGCGCCUCCAAGGCCAACAAGAAGCCUAUGCAGCUGCCCCGAGGGAUGGUCAAGUCUCUUUUGUAUCAGAUCCUGGAUGGGAUCCAUUACCUCCAUGCCAACUGGGUGCUCCACAGGGAUCUGGUGAGCUGCGGUGUGUUAGUGGAUGGUGGAGGGUGUGACAGUGGAUGUGUCUCUGUCGAUAUCUGGGCCAUCGGCUGCAUCUUCGCUGAGCUGCUGACGUCGGAGCCAAUCUUCCACUGUCGCCAGGAAGACAUCAAGACCAGCAACCCCUUCCAUCACGACCAGCUGGACAGGAUCUUCAGCGUCAUGGGCUUCCCUGCAGAUAAAGACUGGGAAGACAUUCGGAAGAUGCCAGAAUAUCCAACUCUGCAGAAAGACUUCAGGAGAACAACCUAUGCAAACAGCAGCUUGAUCAAAUACAUGGACAAACAUAAAGUCAAACCAGACAGCAAAGUCUUUAUGUUGCUGCACAAACUUCUCACCAUGGACCCCACUAAGAGACUCACGUCAGAACAAUCUCUGCAGGACCUUUACUUCCUGGAGGAGCCCUUACCCACCACUGAUGUGUUUGCCGGGUGCCAGAUCCCAUACCCAAAGAGAGAGUUUCUCAAUGAAGACGAACCAGAGGAGAAAACAGAAAAGAACCAGACGCAGCAGCACCAGCAGACCACAGGCCAGAACCAGAACCAGAACCAGAACCAGCAACAAGCGGCAGCCCAGCAGGCCACAUCUCAGCAGAACUCCACCCAGACCAAUGGCACUGCAGGAGCUGGGGGGUUACAGCACGGACAAGACCAGGGGCCCCAGAAUAAGAAAGCUCGCAUCGGGCCCUCUGGCGCCUCCUCAGGCACUGGACUGCACCAGUCAGAGUACCAGGUACUGGACUGCACCAGUCAGAGUACCAGCACUCCACUACCCGGCUGGGCUACCAAAGCAGUAUCCAAGGUUCCACUCAGCCUCAGAGCACCCUGGGAUACACGUCCUCCUCCCAGCAGAGCUCGCAGUAUUCUCACCAGACCCACCAUCGCUACUGACACUCCUGAGCCAGCAGAGGGCGGCAGGCGCUGGUCCUGGAAGGUCCAGCAAUAGUCUGCUUCCAUCCUGGCCUGACCUUCUCGGCAAUAUUGUUGCAGCGCCAUGUGCUCACGGACGCCAAGAGACAGCAGAACGCUGGAAGCAAACGCAGGUUUUCAUGUGACACGACCGUGAAGACUUCUGAACACAACUCAUACAGUGGUGGUCAAAAGUGUACAUACACGUGUAGAGAACAUCAUGUCAUGGCUGUCUUGACUUUACAAUCAUUUCUUAUUUUUUUGUGAUGUAGUGAUUGGAGCACAUACUUGUUGGGCACCAAAAACAUUCAUGAAGUUUGCUUCUUUUAUGAAUUUAUUAUGGGUCUACUGAAAAUGUGAGCAAAUGUGCUAUACUUUUAGUGUGGGGACAAUACUGUCCACACCUGUCUCCAUCUAAACACAGCAGUGUCCACACCUGUCUCCAUCUAAACACAGCAGUGUCCACACCUGUCUCCAUCUAAACACAGCAGUGUCCACACCUGUCUCCAUCUAAACACAGCAGUGUCCACACCUGUCUCCAUCUAAACACAGCAGUGUCCACACCUGUCUCCAUCUAAACACAGCAGUGUCCACACCUGUCUCCAUCUAAACACAGCAGUGUCCACACCUGUCUCCAUCUAAACACAGCAGUGUCCACACCUGUCUCCAUCUAAACACAGCAGUGUCCACACCUGUCUCCAUCUAAACACAGCAGUGCGCUCUUAAACGCACGCUGGGAAACGAGGGAAAGUGACGUUAAAGCAAGUGCUUGGCCCCGUUUACUCCGAGGGGAAAUCUCCGGAGCAAAGUCUGUGUAGUUAGUCGUAGUAGUUGUUGGUCACAAAAAACAUUCAUGAAGUUUGCUUCUUUUAUGAAUUUAUUAUGGGUCUACUGAAAAUGUGACUAAUCAAAAGUAUACAUACAGCAAUGUUAAUAUUUGCUUACAUGUCCCUUGGCAAGUUGACCUGCAAUAAGGCGCUUUUGGUAGCCAUCCACAAGCUUCUGCUUGACCACUUGACCACUAAAUUGCUGCAGUUCAGCUAAAUGUG